AUGUGUAGUCGAGGAAGUUGGCGAUUUACACCUGCUAAAACGGUCUCCGGCAUGUUGGUUGGAACGUUCGGAGCUCCUUAUUCUUGCAAGGGUUCAACGCGAGUUUUCGUGCGAAUGCUGGCACGUGGAAGUGAAGGCAUUGCUGAGGUGACUAUUCAACAGGAGGCAGAAGCCACUCUCCAACCAAGCUUACCAACCACCUCAAUUUCGCAUCAUCGUCGACUGUCAACUGCUUCGAAUAUCUCCAUUGGAACUGAUGAAAAUGUUUGUCCAGAGAAGAUGAUUGGAUGUAGAAGGUUAUCAAAUAUUAAUUAUCGGUCUGCCAAUUCGAGUCCUUUUCAUUGCACAACAUCUUCCUCUGAUUCUAAUGCGCCUCAAGGAAGUAGUCACUUCGGCUCUCUUCGGGGAAGUGUGUCAUCACAGAUCCAUCAGCUGGUGACAGGGGAAGGCGCUGGCAAAGCUCUGCGUCGGCGUCAGUUCUCCUCGACAAAGAUGGGUCAGCUAAAUGCACCUUAUCAGAAAGCUCGUUCAGACAGUGAUAAUCUCAAUUGUCCAACAUUUGAUAGGUUUCGUCCCACGAAAAACUGUAUUGAAAUCAAUUCCAGCACAUUCGAAGAUGAAUUCGACGAUCAACCAUUUUUCAAAUGUCCAACGACAGAGUCUGAAGUGGAGGAGACAGUUGAGAAGCAGGUGAUCUUCGGACAGGCCUGGCAAUGGUUCAAGGAGCGUAGACGCAUCACAUCUCCACCAAUCAGGGCUGCUGUUACCUAUAUCAGUGUGCCAUGGUAUUUUAUAAUUUCAGGUUUACUUGAAGCAAAGAAAACUCCAAUCCUUACACCUACUAUCAUGGAAAAUAUAGGACGUCGUUUAUAUCAGGUUGAGUAUGCAAUCGAAGCCGUCGGACAUGCCCCAACUUGCAUCGGUAUCGUUGCGAAAGAUGGCAUAGUUCUUGCCGGUGAGAAACGCUUCAUCAAUAAACUUUUGGAUGAAUCUGCCUUCUCAGAAAAGAUUUUUAGAAUUAGUGAUGAUAUAGCUUGUGCUGUUGCCGGAAUUACAGCAGAUGCAACCGUACUGAUCCAAGAAAUGCGUCUCAUUGCACAAAGAUAUCUUCUAUCUUAUCAAGAACCUAUCCCAAUUGAACAGUUGGUCACCCAUAUUUGCGAUCUCCAACAUAGCUAUACAAUGUAUGGUGGGCGCCGUCCAUUUGGUGUUUCCAUGCUUUUCGUUGGCUGGGAUAAACAUUACGGGUAUCAGCUAUAUCAAAAUGAUCCUUCGGGUAACUUUUUGGGUUGGAAGGCUACCUGUAUUGGUUCAAAUUCUUCUGCAGCCUCAUCAAUUCUCGAAGCGGAUUACAAUCCUGACUGUACAUCUGAAGAAGCUGUGAAACUUUGUGUCAAGGUUCUGUACAAAACUAUGACAAUGUCAAAACUUACUUCGGAUAAGCUUGAAAUCGGUCUACUCCAACGAAAGGAUGAUAAAACGUAUAUAAAAUUAUGUCCCCAGAGUGAAGUUGACGCUCUCAUUAAGGAAGCGGAAAUUGCCUACCCGAAGACCUCUGAAUCUUCUUCCAAGGGUUCUGAGAAGUAA